AACCGGAUCUCUGGUCCAUGUUUGCUGCACCGGGACGGUGGACAAUGCUUGAAGAAGUCUUGGUCAUCCCAAGAUGAGGAAGCCAUGGCUAUGUAGCUGCCAUGGCUGAGAACAGAGAGCAGGAAGGCUGUUGCGAGAAUGAUACUUCGGUUGGUCCAUCCCUGCCCCAUCUCUAUCAGAGACUAUGGAUAAUAUUGACUGAUUGCAAUAUGUCUGGAUUAGUCAACAAAAUCAGGGAGCACGGAUCAUAUGCAGCAGCCAACAUAAGCACCUGUCUUCGUUAGCCAACCUUGUCCUUGUGGGCUGAGUGAGUAGCAUGCAUCCCCUCUCUACCACAAUGCAAGCCUUUGUUUUCAUCUUUGCUGUUCUUGCUCUUCUUGCAGGAGAUGUCGAGGGGCGGCAAGGGUGCUAUCCUUUCUCCUGUGGACAUCUCCAGAACAUUUCUCAUCCUUUCCGCCGGCGAGGUGAUCCACAAAGAUGCGGUGUUCCGUCAUAUGAGUUAGACUGCAGAGAUAGCAAGGCUACCAUUAGGAUCAACACAGGGACAUACUAUGUAACCAGCAUCAACUACACUACUUCUGUCUUCUGGGUUGUGGAUGCCAGCCUAAAAGAUACAAACAGCAGCUGCCCUCUUCCUCGCUCGGAUCAGCUUCCUUUCGUUUCGGGGGGUAUCCAGGGAUCACAUGGCGGCUGGGACCUGGCCCUUGACCCUGGACCUGGAGCUACAUGGGUUAGCUUUGUGAAUUGUUCACAGGCAGUAAGGAAUAAUAGUGUGUACGUUCCUGUUGAUUGCCUGAGCACAAGCUCUUCGUUUGUUUAUGUGUUUGGUUCCUGGAUAAUGCCUCCAUCUGUUUUUCCAAUCAUCGGAAACCUUGAGACUUCAUGUCGCUACCUUGCCAUGAUUCCCUUGGGUGGUUGGGACUCGCCAUUGCCACAUAAUGCAAGCUUUUCAGACAUCGUCAGAUCCAUGAGGAAUGGAUUUGCUGUUCAUUUUCCCAUAAUACAUAGGUGGAGUAGGAUUGGGCACAUCAAGGAUUGUCUGAUGGGGUCGAUUCGGGGCUUUCAUGAAGAACCAUUGUCCAAUCAAACCAUCAAGGAUCAGAUUGUGGACAUCCUUUUUAUUGACUUUAGUUUCUGGUCCUGCAUAAUUGGAGGAGUGGGCAUGAAAGAUUAUUUCGAUAUGCCACAAUACAUGAUGGGGAUGCUUCGUGGAAAAAUAGAAUUUUAUGGCGGAUUCAUUGUACAAUUUGCUUUGUUUGUUUUCAAGUGGAUUGCUGUUUUAUGCAGGUUCGUGAUAGCUCCGUUGACACUAUUGACCUUCCUUGCCUUCAAGUAUUGGAAAACUAGAAUAAAAAUCGACGCAGUUGAGAAGUUUUUACAAAUGCAGCUGAUGCUUGGUCCAACAAGGUACGCCUACACAGACAUCAUUGCAAUGACAAGCCAUUUUAGAGACAAGUUGGGCCAGGGUGGCUAUGGCUCCGUGUUCAAGGGAGUGAUACUGCCUGGUGAUGUCCAUGUUGCCAUCAAAAUGCUAUCCAACUACAAUUGUAAUGGAGAAGAAUUCAUCAGCGAGGUAUCCACCAUUGGCAGUAUCCAUCAUGUCAAUGUAGUACGUCUAGUGGGGUAUUGUGCAGAGGAAAUGAGGAGUGCACUUGUGUAUGAGUACAUGCCCCAUGGAUCUCUUGACAGGUUCAUCUUCUCUCCUGACAAGAGUCUCUCUUGGGACAAGCUCAAUGAGAUCGCAUUGGGCAUUGCUAGAGGAAUAAACUACUUACAUCAGGGGUGUGAUAUGCAGAUUCUACAUUUUGAUAUCAAGCCGCACAACAUCCUUCUUGAUAGCAAUUUUGUCCCAAAAGUUGCCGAUUUUGGCCUUGCCAAACUGUACCCACGGGAUAACAGUUUUAUGCCAGUUAGCGCUGCACGAGGAACAGUAGGUUAUAUUGCUCCUGAGAUGAUAUCUCGGAGCUUUGGUAUCAUAUCUAGCAAAUCUGAUGUUUAUAGCUUUGGAAUGCUUCUGUUGGAGAUGGCUGGAGGGCGAAGGAAUUCUAAGCAGAACAUGUCGAGCUCAAGCCAGUCAUAUUAUCCAUCUUGGGUGUAUAAUCAGCUGGUUCAACAAAAGAUGGGUGAGAUUGCCAAUGCCUUCAAUAUGCAUGAGCUGGAAAAGAAGUUGUGUGUUGUUGGUCUACAUUGCAUUCAAAUGAAGUCUCAUGAUCGUCCAACGAUGAGUGAGGUCAUAGAAAUGCUUGAAGGUGAUGUUGGUGGUCUGCAGCUGCCUUCAAGGCCAUUCUUCUGCGAUGAUGAACCCCUGCCACUGCUAGUGGAUUCUUGCCGUUUCUCCUCUGAACUAACUGAAAUCUCAGAGGAGGAUGAGUGAAGCUUGUGCAUGUGCUUUGAUGCCAAAUAGGAAAGGUGGUAAGUAAGUUGUAAAACGCUGAGGGAUAUGUUCCCUUGGCAUUGUUGAAAUUUGGAGGUUAUCUUGUUUUAGGGAAUAACAGAGUAUAAAGCAGGAGCAAGAAAAUGUGAUCUUGUGGUAUGCUAUUUAUUUUUGCAUAUGAUAAAGUUGUAUUUUCUACCAUGAGAAAGUAGUACUGAAUUAUGGCUGAAAGUGCUAGUACUUAAAUUUUUUGCUC